GGCCUUCUAAAUGCGAAAGGAUUUGUUUCACAGGCCUCCUUGGAUCUUUCAAUCUUCAUUUCGUAUCGGGAGAUCGAAGUUGUGAUAGACUGUGAUUGUGCGCGGACCGGGUUUCGAACUUUGCUUUUCACUGUGAUAUGGUGCGAUAUUUCGGACGUAUUGGUGGGUUUUGAGACUUGCCCAGGAUGCCCCGCCUAUCAUCCCUAACCGCCUCCCAUCCUCAACAUCCCCCACCCCUCCAGCCUUACACUCCUCCUCGAUCCCCUUGCAGCCCUUUGGGCGGCACCGGUGCCACCUCCUCCUCUCGAAGUGUGAGCCCCACCUCGCCACGGUCACCAACACCGUCGUCUAGGCACAGCGCGUUUUCGUUGGUCUACCCGAAGGAGUUCCAGAAGGGAGACAAGACGGCCUAUUUUGCUGUCAACAAUAUGAGCGCGAUAAUGUACGCGAAUUCCCUUUCCCCUCUCGUGUCUACCCCUUACGCGCCCUACAUGUGGCAUCCUAUUCCCGGUUUGUUCCUUCCUUAUUCCCCCGCCCACAGGCCCGAUUCCCUAAGUCCCGAUCGCUCCUCAACGACGCUGGACCAUGCGGGACUCAGCCCGGAUACGAAGUCCAAGAUCACCGACGACGAUGCGCCGUUGAAUCUCUCCCUGAAGGGCAGAUCUCGAACGCACAGCAUUUGGUCGCCGGGCAGCCUGUGCGAGCAAGAGACGAAGUCCUCUUCCUCGCUGAAGGGCGACGCUGCGAUCAGCACGACUGUGAUCAGCCCCGUGAAGGGCCUGGACGGCAGGUGGAAGUGGGAGCACGAAAGGGAGUUGCAGAAUAGGAUCGCGACGGUCGGUCCCACGGGCGAGAAGCAGUUCACGUGCCAACAGUGCGGCAAAUCGUUCAAAAGAUCGUCGACGUUAUCAACUCAUCUGCUGAUCCAUUCUGAUACUCGGCCUUAUCCUUGUCAGUAUUGCGGGAAGAGGUUUCACCAAAAGUCGGAUAUGAAAAAGCACACCUACAUUCAUACGGGAGAGAAGCCCCACAAAUGCGUGGUCUGCUCAAAAGCCUUCAGCCAAUCGUCGAACUUGAUCACGCAUAUGCGCAAACACACUGGAUACAAGCCCUUUUCGUGCGGCUUGUGCGAGAAGGCCUUCCAACGAAAAGUGGACUUACGCAGGCACCGCGAGUCGCAACAUCCGUCAGCACCCGAAGGACUGCUCUCGUUGACCUCACAGCCCUUCCUUCGACCAGAUGACAUCAAACACGAGGUCACUAGUAGCAGUAGCAGCUAGGAGUGAGGUUCCAGCAACCAUACGCACCAAACGAACUGCUCUCAACGACCUUACAUCGACCGAAUGACCUCAAUCAAGAGGUCGACAAUAGCUAAAACAGCUACGAAUGAGGUCACAGCAUACAUAUACACCAACAGGACUACUCUUGUUGACCUCACAGCAAUUCAAUCGACCAGACGACCUUAAACAUGAGGUCAGUAGUAGCUAGGAGUGAGACCGCAAUAACCAUCUGCCCCAAAAGAGCUGCUCGCGAUGAUCUUACAUCAAUCGAAUGACCUCAAUCAUGAGGUUAACAGUAGCUAAAAUAGCUAGGAAGCAAGUCACAGCGCACGUAUGCACCAAAAGGACUGUUGUUGACCUCACAGCUCUUCCUUCGACCAAAUGACCUCAAACAUGAGUUCAAUAGUAGGUAGGUGUGAGAUCCCAGUAACCAUCUGCACCAAAAAAAUUGCUCUCAAUGACCUCACAGACCUUGCAUCAACCAGAUGACCUCAUGAGAUCAACAGUAGCUAAAAUAGCUAGGAAUGAAGUCACAAUAUAGACAUGCAGUAGCAGUAGUGGCUAGGAUUCAGGUCUGUACAACACAUGGUGGCGGGAGGGUGUUGAAUUUGACUUCAUAUCUCUUCAGUCGCCUAAAUGACCUCAUACAUGAGGUCACAGCAUAGUUAGGAGUGAGGUCCUAGUAUCUUUAUGCACCAAAAAAGUCCUAUCCUUGACCUCGCAGAUCAUAAAUCGACCAAAUGACUUCAAUAUUGAGGUCAUUAAUAGCAAUAAUUGCUUACGAGUAUUCCACCCUCCUAUUGACCUCUAUCGUCAGGUCGUUGGUAGCGGCAAUACCUAAGUAUCCAUAUAGACCAAAAGGACUAUUCUCAUUGACCUUUCGAGCGUUCCAUCCACCUGUUGACCAUUAUCAUGAGGUCAUUAGUAGCAACAGCACCCAAGUAGGGUCCGAGCAUCCAUAGACAUUAAAAGGACCAUUCUCACGGACCUCACAGGCCUUUCGUUGACCUGAUGACCUUAAGCGUGAGGUCACAAGUAGCAGUAUUAGCUUGAAUUGAGGUACAGGCGUGCAUUGGCUGCGAAAGCACCACUGCCAUUGACAUCACAUGCCUUCGAUUGAUGUGAUGACCUCAAAUAUGACGUCGCUAGUAGCAGAAGCAUCUGGGAGGAAGAGCUCAAUAACGCCUUGACCUUAGAGGCACAUCAACGACUAAAUAACCUCACUUAAGACGUCACAAGUAGCAGCAACAGCUAGCAAUGAGGUCCAUUCGGAUGUUAAUCCAUUGCAACAAAAGGACUACUGUCCUUGACCUCGCGGGUCUUGCAUCGGUACCAAGUUACCUCUAGCAUGAGGUCAGCUAGGGUUGAGGUCACAAUAUCAAAUGACGCAAGAGAGGUUCAGCCUGUGGUAGUUGCGAUCUAUCUGAAGCAUAAGUUUAGAUACAAACCGUAAAGGUUUGAAAUAAGAUCUCAAAAAUCGCAAUUUUGAAAAAUGCUAUAAAUCCCGAAAAGUGCCAUUAUGAAACCCGUGUCUUUUUGGGUGCCAUGUGAAACGUAUUGACAUUCUUUGUAAUCGAAUCCGUCCAAAAUUUACCAAAGCAAGUUUACGCUUAUACAAAUGUCAAAAUUGGUAUCGAUAACUGAAAGAUCUAGGUACUUUUGUAAAUAAUUUUUUGGUACCCUUUGAAUAUUGUAAAUUGUAAAAAUUAGAUCAAAACGUAGAGUUGAAGUUUUUUGAGAAUCGAGAAUCAGUUAAUCAAUGAACUGAAAAUGUUGCCACCGUUCUUGAAACGUCCUGUAUACACACCAAGGAAUUCAAUAAUGGUUGUGUAUUUUUUCUAUCGAUAUGAAAUAUUUUUUGACGCAGGAUUCUCGAAAUUCAAAAAUUGCUCUAACUCUUUUUGUAAAAUUUAUUUUUGGGACGCAUGACCAGUCUAGUCUAAGAAUAUUCUUGAAAACGUACGUGUUACCAUCCAACUACAAAAGUGCAAGUACUUAAAAAACAUUCACAUAUUUCGAAAAAUCCUUCGGAUGUUUCUGUUUGUACAAAAUUUUGUAAAAAAAAUCCACUGUUCCAUAUAUUGCACUUUGUACUCAGUUUUACUGGCGAAUUUUUGAAAAUGCUUUUCGAAAGUUCUCAGUAAAACUUCAUACAGCUGAAGAAACCAAAGAAUAUUUUGUAUUAUAACCUUUUUUCUAAAUGUUAAGUAUACUUGUAAAUAUACCUUUCAUCGUAUUGUAAUAUUUGGGUGCCUUGUUUGUUAUUCCAGUAAAUCAAAAUGUUGACUAUUUGUAUUUAGUUAGGGUGUUG